CGAGGCGGCCGUGGCCAGAGCCGUGGACGAGGUGGUGGCAGCCGCUGCUCCGUACCUCCAGCCCAGCCUCACCCCCGACACACACACACACACACACUCAGUGUCCUGCGCCCCUCCCCCAGCCCGUGCUACACUGUGAUGUUUGUUACCCAAAGAGUAAAGAACAGAUAAAGAUUUAGUGACGAUGUUCAGUUUCGCCAACAAGAUGCUGAACGCCCUCGUGGGCAACGAAGAACCCACGUCCGGUACCGCUGGUGGAACCAGUGUGCCGGGGGCGCCGCGCCCCCAGGGCCCUGGGCUCCUUCGGAUGGGUGCUCCAGGGGGCCCUCGUGCUCCAGUGCCGGGCAUGCCAGGGUCCAGACCUCCUGGACCUACAGGAAGUAUGGGACCAGGACCUGGAGGACCAAUGGGUCCUGGACAGAUGGGUCCUGGCGGUCCCAUGGGUCCAGGUGGUCCUAUGGGUCCUGGCGGUCCAAUGGGUCCAGGUGGUCCUAUGGGUCCAGGUGGUGUUAGAGGACCGAGUGUUUCAAUGGGUCAAGGUGGUGCCAUGGGUCCUGGUGGUGCCAUGGGCCCUGGUGGUGCCAUGGGUCCUGGUGGUGCCAUGGGCCCUGGUGGUGCGACAAUGCCUGGUGGACCAGGUGGACCUAUUGGUGUUAAUGGCCCUGGUGGACCAGGCAUGAGCCGUCCACCAGGACCAGGCAUGGGUCCCAGGCCUCCAGGAAUGGGCGGGCCAAUGGGUCCCAGACCCGGCAUGCGACCGGGCCCUAGAGGAAUGCCCCCUGGGAUGGGCCCAGGGGGGCCUCGGGGCAUGCCGCCAGGAAUGGGUCUCCGUCCAGGAAUGGGCCCUCUCGGACCACGUGGGUUACCCAUAAAUGGAAUGGGCGGGCCCCGUGGUCCAAGACCUGGAAUGAUGGGCCCCGCUGGAAGUCGAGGAGCAGCGCCUGGUCCAGGAGCAAUGGGACCAACUGGUCCUGGAGGACCACCCACCCCAGGAAUUAUGGGCGGCGAGCUCCAGCGACCUCCCUUCUCAGAGGCCGCCGUCAAAGGUGGGCCAGGCAUGUCUCUCCCCAACCAGGGUCCUCAGCCCGUUAGAGCACAAAAUACACUUAAUAUUAUGCAAGAUAAUCAAAGUAUGAGGUUUAGUGGGCAAGAUUUGAUAAGCCAACCCAGGGGAAAUCAGGAUAAGAAACAAGGGAUAUUCAGGCAAGGGACAUUAGGGCAAGACCCACAAGGUCAUCACACUAGUCAGGGUUGUAGUACUACGAGUGUGGGUAGUGGUGGCCCCAUGGGCCCCAUGCAAGACACGCUGGGCCCACAGGUGGGACAGGCCCAAGCCUGGCCCCCCACACAACGGCCGCUGGCCUCACCCUCCCAGGCCAGCACAGCCACACACCCAUCCGGUGGCCAGACGCAAACAAGUGCACCAGACGUGGAUCUGAGCCAGCUGAGUGAGGAAGAGAGAGCUAUCAUCGUCAGUGUCAUGGAGAAGGCCAAAGAGAUGGAGGUCCACCACGACACUCCCACCAGACAAAGUAACGAGGACCAACAGCGGGCGCGCUUAGAGACUGGUAUGGUGGACGAUAAAACGUUGCAGCAACAACAACAGCAGCAGCAGCAGCAGCAACUCCAACAACAACAGCUUCAACAGCAGCAGCAGCUACAACAACAACAGACAACAAGGGGUCUCCUAGCGUGUCUGGGACAGGGCCGGCAGGACAGCAACAGAAGAGCUCUAUCAGCGGGAUGCUGUCAGAUUUCACUCGCGCUCUUGGUCUUGGAGGAAGCUCUCCAAAGGAGGAGCAGAAAGGUAAUUUAGCAACCUCGCAGCAACAACAGCUUCAGCAACAACAGCAGCAGCAACUGCUGACCUCUCAGGCUCAAACACAGGCCCAGCUCAUGAAUGCUCAGGGCACAGCAAUAAACUCGCAAGGUCAGGUAGUAAACUCCCAGGGCCAGGUGGUGGGUCAGCAGCAGGUUCUCACCUCCACCGGCCAGAUGGUUACACAAAUGGCCAAUCACGUUGGCCCCGGUGUACAACAAUCUGUAUUUGGUGGUCAGAUGAUGCAGAAUCCACCCGUGGUAGUUAAUGCCGGGCAGCAGCAGGUUGGCACCCAACAUUUACCGUUCCAGCAGAUGACGCCGGCCCAGCAGCUCCAACUUCAUCAAAUGCAACUUCAACAUCAAGCUCAGCAUCUAAAGAAAAUGAGGCGCCAGGACCAAGCAGCGGCACUGCAGCAGCAGCUCAUGACUCAGGGAAAGGUAUCGCCAACGCCGAUCAGAAAAGACGUGCCGGGAACAGUUUCAGGUCUUCAGCAACUGCAGAAUCUGCAACAGCAACACAUCGCUAGUAAAUUUGUAGGGCGUGUUGCCACCAGCCUACCCACCGCUGCUCUGCUCCAGCAAUCUACUAUAGCCACCAGUGACACCAAGCCUCGCAUGCUCAUCAUGCCGGGCCAGGCCGUACCUACCUUGGAAACUCCGCUCUCUUCGCUUCAGAGGGCGCGUCUACGAUCUUCAACGGACCAACUGGCGUCGCCGGAAGAAUAUAGUUUGGCAGGUGUUAAUGCCCAGUUGGCCAUGUUAACGGGGACGCCGAGCACCCCCGCGGGCACACCCCGGGGCCUGAGAGACGACUCCUCAGACACCAUGAGUGAGACGGACAGUCAGAAGAGUUUGAGAAUACGCCGCAAGCUGCCCAACCUGCCGCCAGACCAGGAGGCCGCCCCUCUCCCCUCACAUAAAAAGAACUCGUUUGGACUCAACGCCAAGGACAGAGUCAGGUCGCAGAUGGCUCGUCAGUCUUCCCUGGACGGCACCGCCACGGCCAGGAUGGGCGCCUCACUAGCCAUGACCAGACCUUCCUCCAGCAUGACUAACCUGGCUAACAUCUCCAAGAUGCCUGACAUCACGCUACCCACACGCCCAGGCUCAGCCUUGGGCAUCCCAGGUCACCCCAGUACGGGGCUUCGCAGCUCCAGCUUGACGGGUCCACAGCUCAAGACGGGUCUCCCAGCCAGUAUAGUUCAGUGCCUCCCGCCAGACCUGCAUCAUCUUAUCUACACUAACGCCCAGCCUUCCCUGGGCGACAACUACGGCUCACAGCUCCCUGAAUACAUGCAGAACCUGAAGGAGCAACUGCAGGAGGAACUCAAGUCGACAACCACGGACCGGCGGGCGAUGCUGGAAGCGGAGUUGCUGCGGCUUCACGAAGACCGCCGGCGAGCCCUCACCGAGAAGGACAAGGAACGCGAGGGCCGCCUCCGACGCGAGCUGGACCGCCUUGCUUCCUCCAGUUACUCAGGAUCGCUAUCGCUCAAGCAGAGAAUGGAAAUUCAACGUCGUCUGGGCAUGACUUCUGGCACGAGCAAUACCACUGGGUCGGCCAACACCUCUCCUAGGAACCAUCGCAGGCGGGGACACCGACGACAAAUGUCCGACCCAAAGAUUUUCUCCUCAGUCUCACCCUUAAAGGAGGACAGGGAUAUGGAGAAAGAGCUGGAGAGAUCACUGUUCGGUGCAGCGCUGCGAGACACAGCCAUCAAUUGUAUUGAUGACGACGACCUCUUGGCCGCCAGACUCCUGGGUCUCGGCAGGAGUACGGGGAGGCGCAGUUCGGAAAGUGGGUUACCCUCCGACUUGUGGGGCCGCAGUUCCACGCCAGGUGGCACUCUCACCGACUCUGCUCUGUUCGGAUCCUCGCGUCAGAAACCCAUGAGAAAGACUCGCAAACCUCGAUCUUGGCAUCCAUCACCAUACGCUUCUGAUGACGAAGACGAUCUUUUAUCAAGAGAAGAGAAAAAACAAAAAAUUAAGGCUGAAAUCUCGAGGCGUCGGCAACAAAUAGAAGAGAACUCUCGACUCCAUGAAGAACUUCUUCGCCUCGCGAGGUUGCGGGAAAGUGCCGAGCUGGGCUACUCAGAUCCCAGAGUUUACGGGCCUUAUGAUCAAAGUCCGCCCCAAUCAGCACGUGACUCUACCACCAGUGUCUUACGGUCGAUCGACGAGAUCCUUCGGGACGCCCGUGACCCUUCCUCUGGUUAUUACAGUGGCUAUUCUCCAUAUAAGACGGGUGGGUCGCCACCUAGCCGAUACGGCAGCUCCCCUGGGGCUCGAACCUCCCCUCGCCAUUACUACGGUUCACGUGGUCCAUCACCUUCUCACUAUUCCAUGACGGAAGAGGACAGAUCCAUGGCUCGCCUUGCCUCCACCUUUCAGAGUGACGAGUUCACAGGUGCCCUCUAUGAACGGCUCUCUGACUUUUCUCCUCUGACCGCCGACAGCUUGAGUGAUAGCAUGAGUGACUUCACACCAGCAAUGCCCUUACUCCCUGACAUGCCUACACGCUCACGAAAGUUGUUAGAGGAUCUAGGAAGCUCACCUAUCACUAGUCAAACACAUAGAGGCAAGUAUGAUAUACAGAGACGGUAUCGGAAGUAAGUGGUGUUCUGUGUUGUGGUUCUGGUGUCGAGCAAUUGGUCGGUGUUUCUCUCCUGACCUGUCAUAUGCUAGAACUGUCCCACUAAACAAGCAAUACACUAAUGAAAAUCAAAUACGGUUAUAAGAUGACUAUAAAUCCGCACAUAUAAUGUGAUAACGAUAGGGGGCAAGUCUAGUGCACUUAACUAAAUAUAAAUACGAAGUAUCCUAAGAUAAGUACCUCAAGUUGACUAGGUUAAGUGUGUUGUAACACGAAACUGGUUCAGUGUCAUCCUUCCCUGAGGAUAUUUGGAACUACUACCCAUGGCCUGUAAUUUGAUUAUAUAAACAACUGAAAUAUCUCACCCUGGAGCGAGUGGAGCGUCAUAUUGACACCUCGCGACAAUAUUGUUUGUCACAUCUCCAAUUUCUUCCAAAAUAACCCCAGUUGGCCAGGUUGUGGGGCGUGGGGCGGGCGACGCUGGUGACACAGGCUCGCCACACUUACCUUGCUCUCCUCCCUCAGUUAUUGUGCCUUAUGUCCGUACUUAGCAGAACAAUUCGUUAAGACGUUUGAUAAAACUUUAUUGAAGAUUGAAUUCCUAAUGAUUUUAUCCCCUUGUGAUGACAGACGCUAUUUAUUACUUCACUUAUGUUUGAAAAAUAAGUAGAUUAAAAAUUAUACAUUUACUAUUUAUAAUCUCAAAUUCAUUAGUUUUCAACCAAAUCGAACCUCAGUUAUUGGUUCAAGAACUGCCAGUUGAUCUCAACACAAGAUUGCCUAUAUCAUUCUCCCCAAAAGGAACUCCCACUACUUGCGUCCCCAUGCUCUAAGGAGUCAUCUUCCCGUGACACCAUCCAUGAAUAUUUUAAACUUCAUAUCUAGGUCAUCAUACAUUAAUAAAUAUCUUCCCAUGGAGGAUGUA